AUGCGUGCCUCUCUCGCCCUCCUCGCCCUGCUGGGCUCCGCUCACGCCUGGGACAAGUCCUACUCUCAGCAGUGGAACUCCACCACCACUGUCCCGAGCACCCACACCUCUACUCUCGUCACCUACGUGACUACCACCAUCUGUCCCGUAACCGCCACUUCGGAGAGCACCACCUACACCACUUUGACCACCUCUACUCUCACCGUCACCUCGUGCAAGGGAGGCUGCACUCACACUCCUCCGCCUCCCUCGUCUACCUACGCUCCGCCUCCUCCAUCCUCCACCUACACUCCUCUUCCCAGUAGCUACACUCCUCCUCCCAGUAGCUACGCUCCUCCUCCCAGUAGCUACACUCCUCCCCCUUACACGCCUUCUACCUCCAAGACGAAGGUGAUUCCUCCCCCGUCUUCGGCGCCUCCGGUCUACCCCAACAGCACCAUUGCAACCUACCUCACGAGCACCUUCACUGAGCACACGACCACUUACACCACCGUCUGCCCCGUCACCUCCUCCACCGUCUCUACUACGACUGCCACCUCGGUCAUUACUGUUCCUUGCCCCAAGUGCACCGGCGGUAGCACCACCACCGAGACCGUCACCACUUACACGACUACUUGCCCUGUGACCACUUCAGCGACUUCGUACAUCACCAGCGUCAUCACCCACCCGACCACGAAGCCGACUGUCCCGCCAUCGUCCAUUCCUGAGACGACUCUUCUCCCUCCCCCGGUGACGACCUCCAAGACGUACCCAGUGCCCCCGUCUUCCGCCCCCGGGACGACUCCUCUCCCUCCGCCGGAGACUACGACCACGAGCAAGAUUAUCACGCCUACGCCAUCGACCAUCUACCAGACGACUACCCUUACCAAGUCGUGUGCGAAGUGCUCAUCUGGCACCACUCUCAUCAGCACUAUCGUCCCAGUGCCUCCGACAUCCGAGGUGCCCGCCCCCUCGUCGCCUGCGCCAAGUGUUCCAGCUCCCUCUUCUCCCGCACCGUCUGCCCCGGCUCCCUCUUCUGCUGCGCCGUCUGCCCCGGCUCCGUCUUCUCCCGCUCCCUCUGUCCCGGCACCUUCGUCGCCCGCUCCUUCUGUGCCGGCUCCCUCUGUACCGGCUCCCUCUGUACCGGCUCCGAGCAUCCCAGCUCCUUCUUCGCCAGCUCCUUCCGCUCCGGCUCCUUCUUCCCCGGCCCCAAGCGUGCCAGCGCCAUCUUCCCCAGCUCCGAGCGCCCCAGCUCCGAGCGCCCCAGCUCCGAGCGCCCCAGCUCCCUCGUCUGCUGCUCCCUCUGUGCCGGCUCCUUCUUCUCCAGCUCCCUCUGUCCCGGCGCCUUCGUCUCCCGCUCCUUCUGUGCCGGCUCCUUCCUCGCCGGCCCCGAGCGUCCCGGCACCCUCUUCCCCCGCUCCCAGCGCGCCCGCUCCAGUGCCCUCAUCCGAGGUCUCAGCACCGCCGGCUCCCUCCUCUCCCACCACCUACGCUCCUCCGCCCGUCACCCCGGUGCCCAGUUCCGCCGUGCCCAGCACGCCGGCGGCCGGCACGACGACCGGCACCGCUCCGCCCCAGUACACCGGCGCGGCGGCUCAGAACGGCAAGCCUGCUAUGGCCCUCAUGGCCGGUGUUGCUGCUGUCCUCGCUCUCGUCUAA